CGCACACAGGAUUACAAUGCACGGUGGCAUUAGGGAGAUGCUACAGUACCUCCGACGGGAUCUCUGGAUUGUGCACGCUAGAGUGCGGUGCCUACAUCAGUGUAAGACCUGCAAGUUACACCAAAGAGCAAUGCAACAACAACAAAUGGCUGAUCUACCUCGCUCUCGAGUAAUGGUUGCGCCUCCCUUUUCCAACGCUGGGUUGGAUUACGCCGGACCAUUCCUCGUCCGCCAUGGUGGUAAACGUUCUACCACCACCACCAAGACGUAUGCUGCGAUCUUCAUAUGCAUGUGUACAAAGGCAGUGCACAUAGAACUGGCGGAAGACCUGAGCACCCGAGCAUUUCUGGACGUCUUUGAUCGAUUUGUGAGUCGUAGAGGAUAUUGCACCAAUCUCUAUAGCGACAAUGGCACCCAAUUUGUGGGGGCAAACCGUCAACUCCAAACUGACCUGGUCGACUGGCACAACACUUAUUCCAAGCAACAACUGUCUGUAGCAGGCGACCGCUGGCACUUCAUAACUCCUUCCGCUCCUCAUCAAGGAGGCUUAUGGGAGGCUGCAGUGCGUUCGGCCAAGAAGCAUCUCAAGCGCGUCAUUGGUGACGCUGUUCUCCCGUUCAUCCAACUCAGUACCCUGCUUGUACGCAUUGAGGCAUGUCUCAACUCGAGACCCAUCAUCGCUCUUCAUGACGAUCCCGAAAGCGGCGUCGCGCUAUCACCUGGAGACUUCCUCAUCGGCCGCCCAUUGAAUUCUCGUCCAGAGGCCACCGUUCCGGAAGCUCCGGACAAUCGGCUAAAGUACUACCAACGACUACAACGCAUGUUGCAACAUUUUUGGCACCGAUGGAAGGAGGAAUACUUGGUCCAGCUGCAGGCUCGGAGCAAGUGGGCCCGACCUACGCCAAAUCUACAAGUUGGUGACGUCGUGGCCAUCCAGCAAGAGCAGCUUCCUCCAUCUCGAUGGCGCAUCGGUCGCAUUAACAGCAGUGCAUCCGGGGAGUGACGGGCUGGUGCGCGUAGUCACCAUCGAAUCCUGCGCAUUCGAAAGAGGCUUCUGUCGCAGACAUUUGUGUCAGCGCCCAGUCCAACGAGUAUGCCGUAUUCUUCAAGCCCACGAAGGCUUUCUAAGUCCGGAGGACUUAGCCGGGGAGGAUGUACGCGAUUAAGUGGCAACGACCAGCUUUAUCGUCUGCACUCUGCACAAACCUUUAGUGUCAUUCGCGGCUGCACUCUGAACUAGCCUUAAGUGUCGUUCGAUUAUUUAUGUUUUGCAUACAUACAUACAUACUUCCAUCUUUAUAUAUAAUUAGGGUUCGAAAUUUCAGACUUUGGUAUCGAUA